AUGAGCAACAUUAACAACAUCAACAACACCAACGACUUUGUCAUUGUUAGCAAGACGUUGAAGAAGUACGAUGCUGCCUUGACUGAGUUCAACUCAAUUUUUCUUGUUGGAAGAGAAUUCUCUUCAGUCAUAGCUGUUCGAGAAGCUGCCAAGACAUAUGGUGUCAAGCAUAAUAUUGCUCUCACUACUGAAUAUGCAUCAAGCUCUUGUAUCAAAUUGAUUUGCAAGCACUCUGGCAAAUAUAGAGAUACCAGAAAAGCCGAGAAGGUUGCUUCCAAAACAUCAGUUAUGGGUGAAACUCUUUUUGAAUGGGAGAGAAAGCGCGAAAAAGACAUGCAGAAGCAUGGCUGCCCUUGCUUCAUGUAUGCCAACACCAAGAAGGGCAGAAAGCUCACUGUGCGCUCCCAUGAGGCAGAGCAUAACCACCCCAUUGAAGAAGACCGCAGAGCAUAUGCUAUGUACUGCAAACUCUCACCUGAGGCAAUGGCGCUUGUGGUUAAGCAUCUGGAGAACAAUGUUGAUGUAUUCACCAUCUUCAACAGUUUGAAAAUAAAUGGAUAUACAAAUAUUGUUUGCCAUGACAUUGCUAAUAUAAAGCAACAUUUUGGAAAAUCGGAAAAAGGAAAGGAGAUAUUUUACUUUAUCACUACUCUGCAAGAUCUUGACUUCCAUGUCAGGUAUUCUGUUGGUAAUACAGAAGACAAUCAAGUGAAUAUGGUCUUCUUUGUGCAUCAGGAUGUGAUUAAUGAGGCACAAAGAAUGCCUGAGACUGUCAUUAUUGAUGCCACAUAUAAGACAAAUAGUCAUCAAAUGACUUAUGUCAACAUUGUUGGUACUAGCAAUGUGAGUGGAAACUCUCGUACCACUUUAAAGACGUAUCCAAUUGCCGGUGCUUGGGUAGAGCAUGAGACAGAAGAAAAUUAUCUCUGA